AUGGGACGAAAUUGUGUUGGACCAAUCGUGUGUCAACAUCACCUGAUGGGAGAGAGUGAGGCCGUGGAUAAGCAUUGUGAUUGGAUUAUCUUAUCCAAAAAUGAACGAAUCAAAUGGAGAUACCCAGCAGCUUGGAGAAUGGACCAAUGGGAAGGUGCCAUUCGAUCCAAGUGGAUGGGAUGGGAGAAGCAGCUGCAGGCGUGCCUCAACGCCAUUGGUUGCAUGCAGAGGAGAGGUGUCACGUUCUGA